ACGUAGUGCAUUGUGGGCCUAAGUCAAAGAUCACAUAUUCGAGGUGUCUCCUAACAAACCAAGCUUUGCGCUUGUUGUACUAAUAUAAAUCUCAACUGAAUCUAUCGCUGAAGUCGUAAGUCAACCAAGCGAACCAACACUCGAAAGAAAUCUUCCAUCGAAAAUAUGUUUUUUGGUGAAGACUGCUUUUAUGAUUCAGACGACCCCUACUACGGUGGCAGUUAUUCUUCCGACGAUUACGAAAGUCCUCGAGGAAUUCGCCUUGCCAGAUCGACGUACAUCAAAGACGGACGUGUCCACUCCGGUGACCAUGCGGACACCUUCAGAACGCGUCUACAUGACAUGUUCUUGUCUUCGGACUACUGCGAUGUCACUCUCGUGACCAGUAAAACUACCUUCAAGGUCCACAAGGUGGUUCUGGCUGCAAACAGUGCUUACUUCAAUGCAAUGUUCUCAUCGACAUGUUCCGAAGCAUUACACAGCGUCGUUUCAUUUAAGGACAACCCCUCCGUCACAUCAACUGGGCUUUCUGCAAUUAUAGAAUACGCAUAUUUGGGGUCUUUCGACAUCACGCACAGUAGCGUGCGUGAAAUUUUGGAGGUGGCACGCCAUUUACUGAUGGAAGACGUUACUAAAUCUUGCGAGAAAUUCAUUGAAGACAUAACCAUCAAACUGGAUAACUACGUCGGGUUGUUUGAAACUGCGAGGGAUUUUGGCCUCACUGGCGUCGUAAAAAGGAUAGAGCGAUUUCUCGAAUGUAAUGAGGUCAAUAUGGAUAACUACUUCGAAAUGAUUGAUUUCGCUAUAGCAAGUAACAGUGAUUCAGUGCUCGAGAAAGUUACUGCCUUUAUCUCUCAGGAACUUCACUAUCUGAUGUUUUCCGAUGAAUUAUUGGUCAUUAUGGAUCCGAAGAUAUUCAUCGCAGUUGUCAAGGCAGAUAGGCAUGGGAUCUCCACCGACAUGACCUUGAUCAACUUCAUUCUAAAGUGGGUGGAAACAAGUCCCAAGGACAGGCUACCGGUCCUCUCAAAUGUGAUUAAAGAGAUUAAUCUUCUCUGUUUCGAAAUGGAAAACUUGGAUGAAAUUGCCAACUUGCCAUUCUUCAAGGAGGAUGAAAAAGUAAAGGAGCGAAUUUUUGAAGCCAAGCGUUUUCUGCUGGAGUCAAAAGGACGUAGCACUGAAGAUGAUCUAUAUGUUUUCGGAGUCUCUGGUCUGGAUGCCGUGUUCUAUUCCAUUGCAAGUGACACCGUUAUAACAAAGAAGAGGGUCUUACAAAUACCAAGCCACAAAAAUCGUUUCAGACAAGUUACGAUAUGCAGUUCGUCUGUCAUAGCAGUGAGUGAUAUUCUUUUUCUCAUUGGAGAACCCACCGUCCAAGCUUUCGGCGAAUAUGAAUGCCACUGUUUUAGCUACGACCCUGCUCGCAAUGUCUGGAAGGAACACGCUAGUUUGCCUUCACACCGAGAAGGAUAUACAUUGGUCUCCUCAGAUGGUGAGGUGUACGCUAUCGGAGGAAAAGGGCAUUACAAAGAAUCAAAUAGGGUCGAUGUCUACGACUUCACUCGGGAUAAUUGGCGGACUGGAACUCCACUGCCCCGUUCUUUACGGUUCUUUACUUCGGCAGCUUUCAACGACAGUAUCUAUGUCUACGGUCAUGGCGUCGGGGAUUCAAGUGCAUAUAAAUACAUGUACAUGUACGACCGCCAAAGUGGGAGGUGGGCAGUGAAACAAAGCCCCAUGGAUUAUCCUGGCCGUUAUAGUACAUGUACAUUCGAAUUUGGACAUUUAGUGGCUGGUGGUAAAGGUCUCUACCUAAUCACACAAGUCUCUGCUGUGCAAUGCUUGUAUCGCGACCAUUUACCAGCACUUGGUGUCCAGUUUUAUGACCAGACUUCGAACCAAUGGGAAUACUCCACUUUAUACCACGCGAUCGAUGAUUUUAGAAUUGACGUUGUAUUAUCACACAAAGAUGAUAUGUACAUCACAGGAAGGUAUACAAAGAAGGAUGCUGCUGAUCAUGGCUAUUGGAGUAGGUCGCCGGCGUUAUUCAGGUUUAACGAAGCGGCCGGGACAAUUGAGCUUUUGAAAGACAACCUUCCGCAUGAUCAUGUUGAAUUAAAAGCAUUGGUGAGCAUUCCAAAAGCUUCCAUUGCUUGGCUCGCCGAGUCAUGAAAGGAGCGAAAGACAGAAUAACUAACGAUAUCCCACUUAUAGGGUUUGUGUACUCACAUUAUUUAAAGGUGGAACGUGCUGGGCAGGCUAGUGCGUGGGCAUGGCUAAGCAGACGGUAUGAGUGUGGGGUCAUCCCUCCAUCCAAAUCGGUAAAGCGAGCGAUGCUCCACCCUCACACAGGGCGGUCAUGGAGCGCUCAGCGAAGAACAAACGCGACCUUUUAUACAAGCGUGCUCAGUAAAUACACGUCAUAUAAUCGAUAUCAGUGACGGAGCGAAUACGUGACAUCAUAAUAACGUCAUACGUUAUGUUUGAUCCUAAGUUUAGAAAUAUCAGUUUCGCGAAUUUGGUAUUUAAGUUACCCCUCCGUCAUGAUAUGUGGAAGCCCAGGAUGAAAUAAUUGCCAACCAAGGAGGAUGAAAAGGCGAAGGAACAAACUUCAGACGCCAAGGGCCAUAUCUGCGUGAGGUAAACGGACGGCGUAGCGCUGAAGAUGACCUACAUAUACAUGUACCUGUUACAGCCUCUCGCGAAAGGAAGCAUUGGCGAGUGUCCAAAAAGCCGCUGCUAGGCUCGCUGCGCGAUAAAAAGAGGGCAGAUUGCGCUUUCACCAAAUUGCAUGUCCUCCAAUGGUACGGUAUCGAAUGAGAAUUUGGACUUCGCUUCAUUGACGAUGUGACAUAACAAUCAUUAUCGGGCAAGGAUCCGCUAACGCCAAGUUCUCGCCAAGACGAGCUUUUUGCCUUGACACUCGCCGGUUCUACUACCGCCUUGUCUGGUAUCCAGAUAGCACUUUUGGCUACAUGCUUGUCUCAUUUCUAAACAAAUGCACAAAAGACACACCUUUGCACAUAUCCUUGCUGAUUUCAACGUAAAGUCCAAAUUUUCACCAGUGACAACUGGUGAAACAUGAAUUAAAAAUCUAUAAGAUUUCUGGUAUCAA